AUGCCAAAGUACAUCACCUACCAGGUGGCAGAACAUAGAUACGCUGAGGAUGUGUUCCUUGUCGAAAAUGCCACGGCUUUAGAGGCUUGCGUGGAACAGCCCGACGACGACUCCUUCAUCGACGCCUUUCAGGGGCUUCUCGAAAGCAUUAGAGGCUUUAUCAAAUACGAAAACUGCCUCGCUUCGGAUACCCCACCGACUCAUGAGUUAGGUAACUCUGUUGCGAAAAAUCUGAACAGUUCUGGCCUAUCCGUCGCCCCAUCCUACGAUCCACUCAUCGAGGCAUUUCGUGGCCUGUCAACUGCAGGUAUGGCGUAUCUACGGCACGUUCCGUGUUUCUACAGAGAUUCUGUAGAUAGAGAGUUCAGAGAGAUGGCGAAGACGUGCAUGUCACACCUCAAGGGAGAUCGCGAAUGUAGCUUUGAGCCAUACGCUCCGUACCACCAGCAGUACAUACCGGAGACGCUAAGAGUGGUCUACGAUUACAUGGGAUAUGGAUCGAUUGACGAUGCAGUCUUUCUCCACAUGGCAGGCUGGUAUGACAUGUUGUAUCUUGAACAGUACUCCGUGGUGGAUCAUUGGAGUUGGUCGUGCGAUAAUAGUCGGGGCCUAGUGAACUGGACCUCAAUUGAUAUCCUAUUGUCACGGGACGUACCGACCGCGGUAACAUACAUGCACCGUAGCACGAAUGGUCUGGUAGCUAUCGAACAGCUGGCAUUCCGGGAUCUCGCAAAGACGGCUGAGCAUUAUCUGAGGUUUACCAACGACUUCGACAACUGGUUUGAUGAUGAGGUGACAGUAUUUCGAGAGUUUUCUGGACGUAUCAUUCAGUGGUUGUACUACGAGAAUAGCAUCGAUCCAAUCGACUGGACGGCUUUCAAGGACAUCGCCGCAGCAGUGACAGGACAUAUGUCAUACGAGCCACCCUCGGACUUUCCUCGUUUCUUGCAACUCCCAGCUGAACUUCGAAAGGCUGUUUAUCACCAGGAUCAUCUUGAGGUACGUCAAGAAACACGACUGAGCAAUGAUUGUCAUCACAAUCCCUGGGGUAAAUGUUGUUACAUGUGGAUCUACCAAGGUUCGUUGGCUCUUUGCGACAAGAGCGAGACUACGUUGUUUCCACAACCAGGGAAUUCCAGCUAUCUCGCAAGCUGGAUCCCUGCUCUAGCUCUCACUUGCAAACAAUUACAAGGCGUGAUCAUCGUCCACAUGCUUGAGCACACGGGCCGGUUUGAUCUCGAUUUCAAGAAGAGCAGCGGCGGCACGUGGUUCUACGAUCGUUUGGUCGCGAUCCCUCGUGGUAAAGGGUUACGGAUGAUUAAAAACCUCAACUCUGCUCUUGAGCAUUGUUUCAGAUCCUCGCCAGCACCACUUUCGACCAGGAACCCUACUGUGGAGCUCGCAGCUGCUUCUCAAUCCCUUUUCACUAUCAGUAUUGCAAUCUGGUACCCCACCGUACUCAACUAUAAUCAUCAUCGGACUACCAUGCACACAGUACGUCCUUUAGACCGGAUACUGGGUCUAUCUGCACUCCGGCCUCUGAUCGAGUGCGAGAGCUUGCGUCGAGUUUACAUCUAUGGUAUAUUCAAAGGUCCCUCUCUCGCCGGCCGUAAGAAAGACCUGGAUGAUCUAGUUGCUAUCGGAAAAGGCUUAAUGAGAGGGGUUCUCCUUGAACAAGAGCGUAGCAUCCGCGUUCAGUUAUGCCAUUGCCUGGCAAGGUCGAGGCAAUUGACUCCAAUAGUGGAUGUGGCUUUAGAUGAGGCAGAUGAGAAAGAAUUAGGCAGGCAGCGUAAGCGGAAGAAAGCAGAGAAUCUGCCUGCACCAAUACAGGCGGAACGAGGCCUUGGCGUUCCGCAGUCUCUUUUCCAUGGAGAACUGUGA